CUGACCAGUAACAAACGUGUCACCCCCAGUCUAAGUCGUGAAUAAGAACCAUUUCCUAUAAAAUGACGAAAAAUGGAAAUACCGCUAAUCUAUUGACUGUUCCAACUGAAGAACCUUUGGGAACAAAGAGUCUGAAAGGCAGCUCUGUGACAAUCAAUGUUCCACCGGUAAGUUCACCAAACACAAGAAGGAGGAUUUCAGCAAUAUCUGCACAAGACAUAUCAAUGGCUCUCAAAACUGUUGCUCUUCAACAACAACAAUUACAACAGACUACAAAAAAUGGAAAAACAGUAAAAUUAAACAAAAAGAAUAAAAAAUCUCGAAAAAGAAGCAAAUUCUCGAGCGGUGCUAUCUUUCUGUGUCUUCUUGUUGCUAUUGCAGCAGUUGGCCUUUCUGCAUAUUUAUAUGGCGAGGUCCGAAGAAUUGAUCAGAAACUUAUGCUAAUGACGGGAGACUUGGACAGGAAAGCUGACGUUAUAGUUCAAAGUCUUCUUAAAGAUUGUUCUUACGCAACUCCGUGGGAUAGAAUACACGGAAUAACAAGAGUCUAUCCGGUUGCUUAUCCGUAUGGAAUUGAAGUUUACUGUGACGAAAAGACAGAUGGUGGCGGAUGGACGGUCUUUCAGCGUAGAUUACACGGAAAAGAAAAUUUUCAGAGAAAAUGGAACGCAUACGUGAAAGGAUUCGGAGAACUUGAAGAAGAAUUUUGGAUGGGUCUGGAAAGAAUUCAUCAGAUUUCAUCAGAUCUGGGAUUUGAGUAUGAAUUAAGAAUAGAUAUGAAAGAUUUCGAUAACAACACUGCUUAUGCGCAAUACAGUAAAUUCCGCGUUGGACCGGCAAGUUCUGGGUACGAAUUAUUCGUCAAUGGCUACAGCGGAACAGCUGGUGAUUCCUUGCAAGUGCAUAAUAGGAUGAAAUUCACUACAACCGAUCAAGAUAAUGAUCUAGACAGAGAGAAAAAUUGUGCACUAUAUCAUCAUGGGCCAUGGUGGCACAGAUCUUGUCAUAGUUCUAAUCUUAACGGAAGAUAUAAACAUGGAGUACAUAAAACAUACGCAGAUGGAGUAAACUGGCGACAUUGGAAAGGAGAUUAUUAUUCACUCAAGUUUGUUGAAAUGAAGAUGCGAAGGAAAAUUUGACUUUAAGUUUAUCGUUUCUUCCGAUUUAUAGUUCGAAAGCUAUAUUUUAGAAGAUGCAGUACCUAUGGUGGUUGUAUUUCCUUGUUAACGAAAACUGUGAAAGUAUAUACCUAUUAUUUGCUUGCUUAUUGCCUUCCGUGGUUGUCAACAAUCGAGGCAUCACGAAGAGAUGACACAAAAGCAUUCAAUCCGCUAAUUCGCGGAAAAAUAGUGCAAAAAUAUUUUUGUCCAUCUGAUUAGUUCAUUUAUUAACACUUUUCAUUUUAAAUUGGUAUUUAAUUGAAUAUUUGCACUAUUUACUGAUGCAAUAUAAAUAACAGUUGAUUCUGGGGAUACACCUGAAUUUUGAACUUGCAUAUUCAAAGUGAGUCUGUCUUCAUCAACGUUGAUUUAUUCUUCUGAUCUUGCCGUCUUUUUAUUUUUGUGCAGUAAAUACAAUUUAUAUAUGUACAACCGGUAAAUGCAGUAACACCAUAAAUCGAUCAAAGUAUAAAAUCAUGAUGCAUUUAUUUUUUCAAAUUGUGGCAAUGACAGUUGGUAUAUAAAAGUGUUUGUUGCCGGGAUAAUGUUUUAGUCAAACUAUAUACGGUCAUGGCAAUUUUCACUUACGGUAAUUCAUAGGGGACCAAUGUGAUAAGUAGCAAGCAGCCAUUUAAAAGUAUAAGUCCUAUCCACGAAAACACGAUAUUAUGUUGAAACUAGAGCGUCAGCGAUGACAGUCGUACAUGCGAGAAACGUCUUAGAUCACAAAAUAGUUUGCGUUACCUUGUUGCACACGCGGAAUCGUGAGCAAACUACGCAAAACGUGAUGUCUGGUAUUGAAACCGUGAAGUCCGAUUCGCCGACUAUACAACAUACCGGUGCAUACAACAUGCAGGUUGUAUAAGUGCAACAUGAUCAUGAACUUGUAUUAAAGGUCAAAGGAUUUGGAGUUCAAAUCGGUAUUGAAAGUUUCAUGGUUUCGCAUGCAUUAGAAUUUAGAUGAUAAAUUUGUACACAAAUGUGCCUAAUUUGCACACAUAUAUGUAUAUAGACAUUGAAUUAGGUGCUUCAAUUCCACUAACUUCUGAUUUGGCUCAAACGUUGGCUGGAAUAAAAUUACGAUUAACAAAUAUAGUGAAAACAUAGAUAGGCAUAGGUAAAGCAUAUUUAUGAUUAUAAUUUUAUAGAAAUAAACUAAUUUAACCCGAAUAAAAAACAAAGUCUUCGAACGAAUAAACCCUAA